ACACCAUACAUACCUGAGAAGGAGUCCACAUUGCAAAGACGUGUUUGAAAACAGGCGUGAAUUUUUUAGCUAACUUUUGGAGAAUAUAAUUUUAAUUCAGUGGAAAUUUGCAACAGAAGACGAUAUGACACUAACAGAUCAGAAAGAUUUAAUAGAGCAAUGCAGCGAGGAGUAAGUAGAUCUAAUUGAAUUAAUUGCGUAAUUGUUUAAUUGAUAUUACUUUAAUGACAUCAGUGCAAUCAAGACACAGUAGCAUAUGCAAGUUUUUGUUCUGUUGUAAAGGAUCUUAGUAAUGACAACUAUGUGCAUGAUGUAAUUUUGCAAUAUCCACAUUUCUGAAGACCAGUCCGUUGUGUAUCGCAACAGUAACUUGUGUUGCAUCAUCAAUGACAAUGGGUUAUUAACUAAUAUAAGCUGCCGAAUAGAUACAGGAAAAUGAUUUGACAUGAAAUAUUUUGAUACUAUACAGCGAAGGGCACUGGAGUUUUACAACACGGAACUACGCUUUUUGUUUUCUAGGAAUGCGUAUUCUAAAUAUAGCGUUGCUAAACUAAACGGUGUUUAUGUUGAAUGGUAAUAGAAAUUUCAUUGUGUGUAUGACGUGGGCCCGCUGCCAGUCUUCCCUACGGAGAUCGAUUUGCGUGUUCACGAUCGCUAAUCUUGUCAUGACGUUACUAAUUUUAGAAAUGAUAGCCAAACUUUGUGAUCUGCCAGUACAUAUGUAGAUAUCUCCUUUUAUGGAGUCGAGUUGUUGAACAUCUUUGGAAUGUAAACUAUAACAUUUAGGUCCCUGAUUAAUAUGUAUACAUUGUAAGAUCACGGUUACUGAAUGACAUAUAGAGCAGAUGGUUAAACACCAAGCAAAAGGUCCAUUUUGAAUGCUUAAAUUCUUUAAUUAAAGUACAUAUUACAUGUACGUGCAAUGAGACCAAGUCGAUUGUAAACAGGAUGGUAUGGAGUUGUUUAGAAAAAUCCGUUUCUGAACUUGACCUGAUUUAACACCAUUUUACUCAGUGUAAGAGGUGUUUACAAAUAUUAAUUUAACUUCCUUUUUAAUAAACUCAUUUUGAUUGGUAGCUAACAAACAAAGAUCAUGCUAAUUUUCCAAUAAGAUUGACUGAUUACUGAAUAAUCUGCAUUAGUAAAAUAUGUGACGGAGCGACAAAACGGUGUUACAUAUUAUAUGCUAUUAAACAUACAAAGCUGUGUAAAGGCCUGCCCAGGCGUGCUAAAAAUCCUGAGGAACGCGGCCCAGCAAGAAAGGGUUCUUAAUGGAGUCCAUAAGUGUGCCGCCAUUCUGGAAAGGGAUCCAGAUGCAGUGAUGCUGUGCAUUCUACCACAGCCACCAGAGGGCGCUGAUGUCACAAUCAACAUCGAACAAACUCUUAUAAAAGCACACUGCUGGGAAAAUGGAAUAAGAGUCAUGAAGGUGGACUGCGCCAAGAAGUUGGAAAUGUUGGUACUUGACCACACAGAACCCACUAACCACUCUCUGAAUUCGGACUUCUCCUGUGUCCUCGUUCUUUUUCCACAGUCGGAUGCUUCUGAUUCAGUUGCUGCAGAGAAGGAAUGGAAGAUGAUUGACGACUUUUUCAAGAAGAUGCUCCUGCAUGGGGUGUCACAUUCUCACGUCAUCGAGUUACCCGGAUGAUAAGAAUUCUCUUCUUGGUUAUGAAAAAUUAAUUUCCAAAUCGUAUUUAUACACAGAACUUGUAAUGUGCGUGCAUUGUGCUGGCCAUUUCUGUGCCCACUAAUUCUGGACCCAAUGUGUGGCGGUAACUGGGCCCGUUGAGAUGUGCGCAAGUUGCGCAAAGGUGUCGUGACGUUAAUUCGCCUGCAUUGGACAGCGCGUGAAUUCAAAGAAGAGAAGACUUCACAGAUUAAUCAUUAAUGACUGUGGCCACGAAUCGUCGUGUGUAAAGACAAGGUGUAUUUACUGACAUUGCUUAUAAAUGCUCUGUAUCUAACUGUACGGAAUUGUACUAGAAUAAAGCUAUUCAAAUUUGU